CUCCCGCGCGGCCUGGGUCUAGUUGGCUGCGAAGUCCGGUGCGUGCGAUCCGCGAUGGAGCUGCACAUCCUAGAACACCGGGUGCGGGUGCUGAGCCUCGCUCGUCCCGGUCUCUGGCUCUACACCCACCCGCUCAUCAAGCUGCUGUUCCUGCCGCGCCGCAGCCGGUGCAAGUUCUUCAGCCUGACCGAGACCCCCGAGGAUUACACGCUCAUGGUGGACGAAGAGGGCUUUAAAGAGCUGCCUCCAUCUGAGUUCUUGCAAGUGGCUGAAGCCACGUGGCUGGUGCUGAAUGUGUCAUCUCACAGUGGUGCAGCAGUGCAGGCCGCUGGGGUCACCAAGAUCGCCCGCUCGGUCAUCGCGCCACUGGCUGAGCACCAUGUGUCUGUGUUGAUGUUGUCCACUUACCAGACGGACUUUAUCCUGGUACGGGAGCAGGACCUGUCCGUGGUGAUCCACACACUGGCCCAGGAGUUUGACAUUUACCGUGAGGUGGGCGGGGAGCCUGUGCCUGUUUCCAGGGAUGAUUCCAGCAAUGGCUUUCCCCGUGCCCAGCAUGGGCCCAGCCCCACGGUGCACCCCAUCCAGAGCCCGCAAAAUCGCUUCUGUGUCCUCACGCUGGACCCUGAGACACUGCCUGCCAUUGCCACCAUCCUCAUUGAUGUCCUCUUCUACUCACACAGUGCCCCCAAGGAGGCAGCCUCUGGUAGUCCUGAACACAGCUCCAUCACAUUCUUUGCCUUUUCCCUCAUCGAGGGCUACAUCUCCAUCGUCAUGGAUGCUGAGACACAGAAAAAGUUCCCCAGUGACCUCCUGCUGACCAGCUCCUCGGGGGAGCUGUGGAGGAUGGUGCGCAUCGGCGGACAGCCCCUGGGCUUCGAUGAAUGUGGGAUUGUGGCCCAGAUUGCCGGUCCCCUGGCUGCUGCCGACAUCUCUGCCUACUAUAUCAGUACCUUCAACUUUGACCAUGCCCUGGUGCCCGAGGAUGGCAUCGGCAACGUCAUCAAGGUCCUCCAGCGACGACAAGAGGGCCUGGCUUCCUGAGGUCUAUGGGGAACAGAGACUCCCUGCUCUCCUGUUGCUCCCCAGGCUUCUGGACACUUCUCUAAGCUAUUUCCUAAGCUCUGGGAUGAGCACCUCAUUCCUGCUGGGGGACCCUUCAUUCCAUUCUCUGUAUGUAAGCUGCAUGCAGGCACCGGCUCUCAUGUGGACACGUGCGCGCACCCACAGGUGGAAUGCGCUAGCCCAACCAUGUAUCUGCCCACACAGGGGAACACGGUGCUCGGGGCAGAAGCCCCCACCCCAUUGUGCCCUGCGCAGUCUCGGCAUUUGCACAGUCCCUGCCUGAGGCCCGAGCCAUCCCUCUCUCAGCUCCCCUGGGGCCAGCUGCCCCCUGGACAGGGCCCCCAUCUCCGUUCUGCCUCUGGUUGGGUUGCUUUUCCUGGCCAGGUCAGUCCUGACAGUGCCUUCCCCUCCUGGGGCCUCCAAGGAAAGUAUUUUUACAUCUCUCUCUCUUC